GAGGUUGUGGGGGGCAUCCUGAGCUGCAGCAGGGUUUUGGGCCACUGCUGCUGCUGCCAUUGUCACCAUGAUCUCAGCUCUGUGGGGAGCACUCCUGAUCAAAUAGCUUGGAAGAGUCGUCAAGACAUGGUACAAGAAGACCAUGAAGGAACCCAGUGUGAUCCUAGGAAAGGACGGUGCUCUGACAGGGAAGGUGGAAUCCACAGGACAUUGGGACUGGUUGGCUGGGACUGGGUGAAAGAUGUCAUGGGGAAGGAGUGAAGAAUGACAUCCAUAUUUCUGGUUUGGGGGUACACUCAAGCCCCGUUUCUUCUCCUUCUGUGAGUGGACCGCCGAGGCUGGUGAGCUGUGGGUCAUCCCAAAGCUCAGCUCUGAGCCAGAGUGGUGGCUCCACCUCUACCACCGGCACAGAAGCCAGGAGCAGGGCUCUCGGAAGGCGGUGGUGCCCAGCUGCGAUCAUGUUGUUGGCCCUGGUCUCUCUGCUCAGCUGCCUGCUACCCUCCAGUGAGGCCAAGGUCUACAGUCGCUGUGAACUGGCCAGAGUGCUACAGGACUUCGGGCUGGACGGAUACCGGGGAUACAGCCUGGCUGACUGGGUCUGCCUUGCUUAUUUCACAAGCGGUUUCAACACAGCUGCUGUGGACCACGAGGCUGACGGGAGCACCAACAACGGGAUCUUCCAGAUCAGCAGCCGGAGGUGGUGCAGAAACCUCACUCCCAACGCCCCCAACAUGUGCGGGAUGUACUGCUCAGAUUUGUUGAAUCCUAAUCUCAAGGAUACCGUUAUCUGUGCCAUGAAGAUCACCCAAGAGCCUCAGGGUCUGGGUUACUGGGAGGCCUGGAGGCAUCACUGCCAGGGCAAAGACCUCACUGACUGGGUGGAUGGCUGUGACUUCUAGGAUGGACGGAACCACACACAGCAGGUUGGGAAUGUGGUUUGGUUCCUGACCCAGGCUUGGGAAGACAAGCCAGCAAAUAAAGGAUGGUUGAACGUGAA